UGGCACAAGGACCUCCGUGAGCUCCCCCGCCAACGAUGCACAACGUUACCGCCUCCCCUGGACUCAUUUUCCUCCUGAUGGGGUUCCCCGGGCUGGAGUCGGCCCCCUACUGGCUGGCCCUCCCGGUCUGCACCACGUACUUGUUGUCAGCGCUGGGGAACGGGACAGUCCUCUUCGUUGUCCUCACAGAGAAGAGCCUCCAUGCUCCCAUGUACUUCUUCCUCUGCAUGCUGGCCGUCUGUGACCUGGGCUUGUCCACAGCCCUCUUACCUACAAUGCUCCGUGUCUUCCUGUUUGGAUCCCAGGAGGUCACUGGGGACGCCUGCCUGGCCCAGCUCUUCUUCAUCCACUCCUUCUCCAUCAUGGAGUCCUCGGUGCUCCUGGCCAUGGCCUUUGACCGCUUUGUGGCCAUCUGCAACCCUCUGAGGUACGCCUCCAUCCUGACCAGCUCCAGGGUGGCCUACUCUGGCUUGGCGAUAGCCCUCCGGGGUGUGGCCUUGCACGUGCCUAUCCCCUUCCUGCUUAAGAGGCUAACCUUCUGCCGGACUAACCUCCUUUCCCACUCAUACUGCCUUCAUCCAGAUGUGAUGAAGCUGGCCUGCCACAAGUCCCGCAGGGAUGGCAUCUACGGCCUCUUUGUGGUCUUCUCCACCAUGGGUCUCGACCCGGUGCUCAUCAUCUUGUCUUACGUCUGGAUCUUGAAGACCAUUCUGGGCAUCACCUCCGUGGAAGAACGCCGCAAGGCGCUCCACACCUGUGCCAGCCACAUCUCAGUGGUCUUGCUCUUCUACACCCCCAUGCUGGCCUUGUCCUUAAUUAGCCGCCUCACCGUCCGCUCCCCUCCCUUCCUCCACGUCCUGCUAUCCUACCUCCACUUCCUGGCUCCACCCUUGUUGAACCCCGUGUUGUACUGCGUCAAGAUGAAGGAAGUACGCAAGAGAAUCACCAUGAAGUUCCACUGGACUCGAAGGGUCACUUCAGAUCGAGGCUGAAGGCCACUUUCUCUGCUACUGGAUCAGAACCCAAGAGUCCUUCUGGCAUUGCCUGGGAAAAGGGGCUCAGGUUGGACUUCUGGGGGCUGCUAAGAUUUUCAUGCUCUGCUCACAUCAUUGUCCCUGCCCCACAGCUGUGAAAGUCAGAAUUAGUGAUGCAAAAUAGGCACAGUAUAUGUUCUCAUACCUUGACGUGGUUUUCUUGGCUUACCUUGUCCAUGUCCAGAAUCACAAAACUGAUUGGGGCAGCUAACUAGUAGAACCAAACAUCUGUGGGGGGAUAUCAAUGUGUGUGUUUUUAUGGCUGACUCCUGGUCUCUGCAGGUCUCUCUGUUAUUUCUCCCUAUAAUAAUAACAUUCGAUCCAUAUAGCACCCUUCAGGACAACUUAACACCUACUCAGAGUGGUUCACAAAGUGUGUUAUGAUUAUCCUCCCAACAACCACCUUGUGAGGUGGGUGGGGCUGAGAGAGCUCUGAGAGAGCUGUGACUGACCCAAGGGCACCCAGCUGGCUACAAGUGGAGGAGUGGGGGAUCAAACCCGGCUGUCCAGAUUAGAGUCCUGCCGCUCUUAACCACUGCACCAAACUAGCUCUUGCAAGGAGGGCUCCGAGGAGCAAGCCGUGUGACUUUCUCGAGGUUGCAAAGUCUCACAUACGGCAGGACUCUCUCUCUGGAUGCACUCUUCCUCUGCAACCCAUCUGCUCACGGGAGCAAAGCCCUCUGAAGGCGCCAUCCUCCGAACGGACAAGAGUGGCAGCUGCCCGUACUGGAGCAUUCUCGAUUGUGGAACGACCUGCCUGAGGAGGCCCGGAGGACCCCUGUGCUUCCAUCGUUGUACAGAACAUGUAAAAUGGAACACUUCAGGAGGGCAUUCGUAUACAGGGAAUACAGUUGGGGUUAAUACCUGCGGAACAUAAAGCAGUCUUCCUUAUGCACAUUAUAUUUUGUGUGCAUUGCUCUUUAACAAUAGAUAAUGUAAUGUAUAUAAUAUAAUGUUUUCACUGCAUGGGUUUCAGUCCUGUAAUCUUGUUGAUAUGACAGUAUGUUUUCAGU